GGGAGGGGGGAAGAAAAGGAGUGACAGAGUAAAUCUCUGGAAGAGAGAGAGAGCUUGCGACUUUAUUAAAGAGGGCAGGUACCAGCUGCAGGACCAUGAAGGCUGGUUUUGGAUUCUAUCCUCUGCUGAUCCUCCUCCUGCUCAGUGUUGCCUGGGGCCAGAGGACCAGGCCGAGACCUGGCCGGCCCCCUUCCACCAGGAGGCCCCUUCCCACCAGGAGGCCCAUUGUCCCGCAGCCUGAACCCAAGGAGCCCACAGACUUCCCCCCUCCCAUCCUGGGCCCGCCGUCCCCCAUGUUCCCUGACUGCCCCAGGGAGUGCUUCUGCCCGCCCUCCUACCCAGAGGCCCUUUACUGCGAGAACCGCAACCUCCGCAAGGUCCCUGUCAUCCCGUCCCGCAUCCACUAUCUCUACCUCCAGAACAACUACAUCGACGAGGUGACGGCCGAGCCCUUUCUGAACGCCACUGAGCUCCGGUGGAUCAACAUGGACAACAACCGCAUCCGCAGAGUCGAUCGGCAGGUCUUUGACAAGGUUCCUAACCUCCUCUUCCUCUACAUGGGGCGGAACAACCUGAAGGAGGUGCCGAGCGACCUGCCGUCCAGCCUGGAGCAGCUGCGGCUCAGCCACAACCAGAUCUCAAAGAUCCCUACCGGCGUCUUCUCUAAGAUGACUCACCUGGCAUUGCUGGACCUGCACCACAACAAGAUAAGUGACAGUGACCUGGGCAAGAACAUCUUCAGGGGCCUCAAGAACCUCGUCCAGCUCAACCUAGCCCAUAACAUCCUGCGAAAGAUGCCCAGCAAUGUGCCCCAGAACAUCUACCAGCUUUUCCUGGACAGGAACAACAUCGAGGAAAUCCCCAAGGAUUACUUCCAGAAUUUCCCCAACUUGGCCUUUGUCAGGCUCAACUACAACCAGCUGAGUGACAAAGGGAUCCCGAAGAUGGUGUUCAAUGUCUCAAACCUCCUAGACCUGCACCUGGCCCAUAACAAGCUGACCACAGUGCCAGCUUUCAACCACAAGCUGGAGCACCUGUACCUCAACAACAAUAACAUUGAGGCUAUCGACGGCUCUGAACUUUGCCCUUUCCCCGUGAUGGCCACUGAAAUCGACGAAGACGACCUGCCCAAGCUGAGGUACCUGAGGCUGGACGGUAACCACUUGCAUCCUCCCAUUCCCAUGAACGUCAUCAUGUGCUUCAGGCACCUCAAGUCCAUCGUCAUCUAGAGCGUCUCUGGCCUCGGGAUUCCGCGGCCACUCCCACAGGCAUGGACACUUGCCCCACCCACCUCUCUGUGGGGAACCAACUAAGAGAGUCCCAGACUGUAAAAAAGACACCAAACCUUACAGCACAAGCCUUCUUUAAUACAUGUCGGAAUACUUUUUUUUCUUUGCAACUGAACCUUUCCAUCCUAACGGGCAAAGACUAUAUUUAUAGCAACUAAGGGGAAUGCCAACACAAAGCUGUGUUUCUAGUUUUAGUUGCAUUGACAGUUUCCUACCUGCAUGGAUAUAGUUGCAAUUAACAUAUUACUUGUUUCUGUAAGUUUUGUUUAUAGUAAUACAAAUAGUAAUUUUUUAAAAAAAGAAUGUUACUCCUAAAAACAAAGGUACAUUAACUGACAUACUACGUACUUAGUGUAGUUACGAUUACAAUAUGGUUGAUAUGUACAUACACGUGUAUUGUUAUGUAAAACAAGAGGGGGAAAAUCUAGGCUAGGCUUCAAAAGACAGAAUUUUGAUCUUAAUAUAUUCAAACAGAUAAGUAAAGAGUGAAGGUAAACCCACGUGACUACCAUGUAGUUGAAAAUGUCCUCAGUGUACCUGUGUUUUUAAAGGUACUAUGUGUAAAAAGAUACUUUUCUCUUUAUUUUGUAUAAAUCAGAUCUGUAUAAAUGAAACCUGCUCUGUAUCAUAAUGUAUGCUUUACUUCAGUAUGUAGACCACAGCCCAGACUACAAGUCUCCUAUUUUCAUGUGGAGAGUCAGAUACAUUUUCACAAUGUCUCAUAACUUUUCGGAUGUAUGAUUCAAAAACUCAAAAUCACAGUUUCAUUUAUCUUCAAAACAGUAUGUGCAGUAGCUUGACAAAUAAAAUUACAAAAUGUU